UCGCCUCUUCACAAAAAAUUUAUCAACCACUUAGAUAGCUAACUCAUCAACCCUAGUUUUAUAUUGAUCCUUGGCAAUGGCAUCUGCUAUGACUGGGAGGGUUAUGGCUCUUGUUGCUUUGCUUGUUGCAAUCAAUGCAAUAGUGUGUGAAAGUAGAGUGGCAAGAAAGGACCUCGGGUUGGACCUUGGUGGGGUGGGAAUUGGGGUGGGUGCUGGGCUUGGAAUUGGCCUUGGCGGUGGGGGCUCUGGUGCAGGUGCAGGUUCGGGCUCUGGCUCUGGUUCUGGUUCCGGCUCUUCAUCUUAUUCAAGUUCUGGUUCUUCUUCUUCCUCAUCGGGAUCAGGCUCUGGAGCAGGUUCCGAAGCUGGUUCCUAUGCAGGGUCCCAUGCUGGCUCAGGGUCCUCCAGAGCUGGGUCAGAAGCAGGUUCAUACGCAGGGUCUCGUGCUGGGUCAGGAUCAUACGGUGGUAACGGAAAGUAAAGUCAUGCAUGAGACGGUGAAAGGAAGAUAUUAUGGUGUCAUUGUUAGUUCGGUAGUAUAUCGUGAGUCAAAAAAAUAAGGUCAUGUCUCCUUUGCAUGUGUCCAUCUUUUCUUUUUGUUUUGUAUAUGUUCAAUAAAGUAACUAUGGCUAAUAAUUUCUAGUGCUUGUCCAAUCAUCAUCACUGUCUGUUAACUAAGAAAAGAGAGAUGGCUAUGUUUGUAAUCUUAAUAUUUUAUUUUAUAGUAAAUUAGUUUUUAGAUUAAUUAAA